GAUAGCAGAAGUGAGAGAAAAGUACUCUAGUAUCCCAAUACUUGGUUUCUCAGCCGUAACACCUGAAGAGGUUGCGAAAGUUGCUCGAAGGCUCCACAAUUGGAAAACUCCAGGCUGCGACAACUUGCAUGCUUACUGGUUCAAAAAGCUUACAUGUAUACACGACAAACUUGCAGCCCUCUUCACCAAGAUAAUAACCGGCGAAGAAGAAUUGCCAAAUUUUGCAACGCUUGGUACGACAUAUAUGAUUCCAAAAUGUGAUGAAAUCAAUGACCCUUCAAAAUUCAGGCCCAUCACCUGUCUGCCAGUUAUUUACAAAAUACUUACGUCGUGCAUAACUAACAUCUUUUAUGAGCAUAUCGAAACACAUAAUCUGAUUGCAGAAGAGCAGAAAGGAUGUAUACGUGCAUCACAAGGUUGUAAAGAGCAACUGAUUAUAGAUCAAGUUGUCCUUGGGCAAUCUAAACAGAAGAACAGAAACCUCUAUGCAGCUUAUAUUGACUGGAUGAAAGCAUUCGAUUCGGUUCCACACUCCUGGCUUAUUGAAGUACUUCGUAUUUACAACUUCAAUUCCAAUAUCAUACUCUUUCUAGAAAAAGUUAUGCAACGCUGGAGGACAAGAAUAAAAAUACCUGGCCCGGAAAGCUCUCAAUACACAACCGAAAUAAACAUUCGAAAUGGUAUCUUUCAAGGUGACUCGUUGAGUCCGCUCUGGUUUGUUCUCAGCAUGAACCCCUUAAGUCACAUCCUGAAUGAGACGGGACAUGGAUGAUUUGAAACUCUACGCCAGCAAUUCCAAACAUCUAGAUAAGCUUUUGAGAUGUGUCGAAACCUUCUCCAAUGACAUUAAAAUGCCUAUUGGACUUGAUAAAUGCCGAAAGAUCACAAUAGUUAAAGGUAAAGUGGUUUCUCGACAUGUAACCGCGGAAAGUAGCGGACUCGACAUAGCAGAAAUGGAGGCAGGAGAGGUAUACAAGUACCUUGGAGUUAUGCAAAGCAGCAGUAUAAAUACGAUGCAAAUGAGGAAAAAACUGAUAGCAGAAUUUAAAAGGCGCCUUCACGCUAUCUGUAAAACCCAACUUAAUGGGAAAAACCAAAUCCACGCCAUUAAUUCAUUUGUCGUCCCGGUGGUAUCGUAUAGCUUCGGAAUUGUAAAAUGGUCAUCUACUGAAAUAGAAAAUCUACAACGAAUAAUACGCACAAUUAUGACUAAAUACAAGUCACGUCACCCAAAAAGCUCUGUCGUUCGAAUGAUGCUACCUAGAAAAGCGGGAGGCAGAGGACAGAUUGAUGUUGGAGCACUGCAUGACAAACUUAUCUUGAACAUAAGAGCAUAUUUCCAACAUAAGUGUUCCCAAUCCGAGCUCCACAAGGCUGCAAGUGCUGCGGAUGAUAAUUAUACCCCACUUCGGAUGAAUCAACCCUACGAAAUCAAGAACACAACCACAAUAGAUGAAAAAAUCCAAAGAUGGUCUGAAAUGGCUAUCCACGGCGUAUAUCGAAAAGACUUGCUGAGCCCACAUGUCGACCAAAAAUUGUCGCACUUAUGGCUUACCAACAGGUCGAUAUUUGCCGAAACGGAGGGUACCAUUUUCGCCAUACAAGAUGGUGUGAUUCCAACGAGAAAUUACAUUAAAUACGUAAUGCGAGAUCCAAAUGCCGCUGCAGACAGAUGCCGAAGAUGCAAUAGUCGAAGGUUUUCUGAUGAUUAUUGCAAAUAG